AUGGGGAGCAAAGAGGAGGAGCAGGACCCGGACCAGGAGGGCUCCCCAGAAGCGAAUCCCCGCGCCCGGCUGCUUGGGGAGCGGGUGGCGCGCAGCUUGAGAGUGGAGCCGGAGCGCUGGGCGCGUUGCCUGGAAUCUGCCGAAGCGCGGCUGCUGCUGCGCGCCUUCCUGGAUAGCGAGCCAGCCGGGCGGCUUCUGUUUGUCACUCAAGGGACAGCGGGGCAGUUGGCGCUGGCCGAGGAGCUGGUUUUGGCGCCCACCGCUGGCCGCUCUUCCAAAGGGGUCUUCCUGCUGCGCCUCGCAUCCGGACCGCUGCGCUCGCCUCCCGCCCCCGGGCAACUGCUAUAUGGAGACCUGUCGGUAGCCACCCUUGACCAGCUGGCCACGCUGGUGGAAGAGGUAAUGAUGCCUCUCUUGGUGAACCAGAGAAACCAUCACAGUUGGCCCAAUGUAGUAUCCCAAGAUAUUAUUAAUCAUGUCUGCUGUCUGAAAAGGAGUGUUUUUGUGAUGGUUGGCCAAAUUAGAGGAAAAACAUUGCUAUCUCUACCUAUUGAGCCUGAGAGGGAGAGAUGCAUUAACUCUGACAAUGAGAAAAAUACUGAACUGGUAGAUAAGUCUAUUAUUCAUGCAAUCGAGUCUUCUGUUAUUGAAUGGACCCAUCAGAUCCAGAAUGUUCUUAAGAGACAAUCUUCAGAACUGCUUUUGCAAGGCAAAGAUCCCCAUCCAAUGGUGGAGUUGGAUUUUUGGAAAAAUAGAUAUGAGGAUUUACAGUGUAUUUAUAGCCAACUAAAAGCCAGAAGAAUUUUGACUAUGUUAGAGCUACUAGAUAAGGUGCAAAGCACUUACUUCCCAGCACUCAAAUCCAUCUUCAGUGAUGUAGAAGCAGCUUUGAUUGAAGCCCAGGAUAUAAAUAUGCACCUAAAGCCUCUCCAGUGCCCAUUGGAAGAAAUAGAAAAUGUGGAAUUUAAUGAGUUGAAACCAUUAUUAAAUUGCAUGCUUCACAUAGUGUGCUUAAUAUGGGGCACUUCAAAAUAUUACUGUGCACCUGCUAGGAUAAUUGUGCUUCUUCAAGAAAUCUGCAAUCUUCUUAUUCAGCAGGCCAAGAAUUUUCUCAGUCCAGACGAUCUACUUAAAGGAGAACCAGAAGAAAGUCUGAAUAAAGUUCAGAAUGCUUUUAAUGUUUUUGACUACUUUAAACAAAUUUUUGAAGAAAGAAGAGAAAAUCUUAGUAAUUAUUUUCAACCAGGAGAAGAAGUAAAGCAAUGGGAUUUUCCUCCUGUAAUGGUUUUUGCACAACUGAAUAAUUUCCUAGAGAGGCUUCAUGUAGUACAUGAUCUUCUGAUGACAGUUCUGGAUAUAGAGAAAUUGGAGAAGUUGGAAUUUAGUGGCAUAAAAGGCAAAUCUCUGAGUCAGCAAGUCCUGAGUAUGCAUGAAGAAUUCCAGGAAAUGUAUAAUGUAUUUUCAGGACAGACUUAUGACUGUCUGGAUGUGGCUAAUACGGAGUUUGAAAAUGAUGUGUGUGACUUUAAGAGAAAAAUGGAAGAUAUUGAUCGGCGGUUGGGGACUCUUUUUGCCAAAGCCUUUGAUGAUGCAGCUAGUGUGGAGCAUGCAUUCAAGCUGAUAGACAUUUUUGGAAGCCUCCUGGAUCGACCAAUGAUAGCAGCAGAAGCCUAUGAUAAAUAUAAUUUUCUCAUCACAAUGUUUGACAAAGACCUUGAUGAUGCUAAAUUGAUCUACCUGAAACGUAUUGAGGAGGAGACAAACAUAGGGUAUUCACCAGUGCAUAAGAAUAUGCCUUUGGUGGCUGGAGGGGUUCAGUGGGCUCAGGAACUAAAACACAGGAUCAAAAUCCCAUUUAGUAAUUUCAGACACCUCAGUUAUUGUUCCUUAGAUUCUAUGGAAGGCAAAAAAAUGGUGCAAAAGUAUGAAGAUUUGAUCCAGUUAUUAGAAAGAUAUCAGGAGAAGCUGUAUGAAGACUGGUUCCAGACUGUCUCUGUGAAAGCUCAGUAUAAUCUCACUCAACCACUUAUCCAACGAGAUCCAGAGAGCAAAAUGAUUACUGUCAAUUUUGACCCUCAGUUGGUGUCCGUUCUAAGAGAAGUGAGCUACCUUGGAGAAGAUCAGAUUGGGAACAUCCCAGAAACAGCAGCAGAAAUAUAUUCAUCUAGGGAAUCCUUCAGGCAAUUAGUGGCCAACUUGGAUUUAAUGGUUACUUGGUACAACAAAACAUUGUGCACUGUCCUAGAGGUGGAAUAUCCACUCAUAGAGAGUCAGUUGCAUGAAAUUGAUAUUCAGCUGAAAGAAGCAGAAGAAACAUUAAAUUGGAAAACAAAAGGCCUUUGGGAUCGCAUUUCACACAUGGUUAACAGUGUUCGAAAUCUUGAGCAAAUGAUUCAGAAGACCAAAGACAACAUCGAGGAAGUUCAGAAUAUGAUGAAAUCUUGGGUCUUUCCAGUUUUUGAAAGAAAAGAUGGGAAAAAAGAAUCUCUGCUAAACUUGGAUAAUCAGCAUGAGCGACUGAACAAACACUGUAAACUCAUUACAGAUUCAGGCCAUAAGAUUCAUUUUCUGAUUAAGGAAAAUUUAAGACUCUUUGAAGCAGACCCAUCUUCAGAUGUAUGGAAAGCUUAUUUGGAGCAUAUAGAUGAGAUCAUUCUGGAUGGAUUCUUUAAUGUCAUUGAAUGUUCGCUUAAAUACCUUUUGGAAAAUACAGAGUCCAAGGCAGGCAAUGCUCCUCUUUUCAAAAUCCAGCUGGAGUUGUCUGUCCCUGAGAUGAUAUUUCGUCCUUCCCUGGAUGCUGGUGCCAGUGAUGGUUUCUAUGAUAUCAUUGAAGGGCUCGUCAAUAAGAUCUACCGGGUCUCUUCCCUGGUACCAAGGCUUGCAGAUCACUGCACAUUUCCUCAUUAUCAGGCUGACAUGGAGGAGAUGGCUGACCUUGCUGACAUGCGCCAAAGUUUAAUGGGGCGUAUCCAGAAGAUGAUCUCAGCUUGUUGCAACUACCGCAAGUCCUUUGACCAGUACUCCUAUCUCUAUGUGGAUGACAGAAAGGAAUUCUUACAUCAGUUCCUCUUAUAUGGCCACGUUCUCACUGCAGAGGAGAUAGAAGUCCAUGCGGAGGAAGGAGUCCCAGAAACCCCUCCGACACUCCAGCAGUUCAGAGAGCAAAUAGACUCUUAUGAGAAGGUCUAUGAAGAAGUGAGCCACCUGGAACCAGUCUGUGUCCUUGACAGCUGGAUGAAAGUGGACGCCCGCUCCUUCAAAGCAUCUCUUCUGGGUGUAAUUAAAAAAUGGAGUUUCAUGUUCAAGCAGCAUCUCAUUGAUCAUGUGACCCACAGUUUGUCUGACCUUGAGGAGUUUGCAAAGAUUGCUGAGAAAGGUUUGAACAAAAAGUUGGAGAAAGGAGAUUAUGAAGGUUUGGUGGAAGUUAUGGGUCAACUGAUGGCUGUUAAAGAUAGACAGUCUAGCACUGAUGAGAUGUUUGAGCCCUUGAAACAAACUAUUGAAUUAUUGAAGAAUUAUGAGCAAGAAUUGCCCGGGGAUGUCUAUAGACAACUGGAGGAACUGCCUGAAAAAUGGAACAAUGUGAAGAAGUUGGCCAUAAAUAUGAAACAGCAGGUAGCUCCCUUGCAGGCAAACGAAGUGGCCAUACUUCGCAGGAAAUGUGCUCUGUUUGAUGUGGAGCAGAAUAAAUUGAGAGAAAGAUUUCACCAAGAGGCGCCUUUCAGGUUUGAUGCAACAAACCCUUAUGAAAUGCUAGAUGCAACCCAUGCAGAGCUACAGCAGAUGGAACUUACCAUGACCUCAAUUUAUAAAUCAGGAGAUUUAUUUGAAGUCAAUGUUCCAGACUACAAACAGCUCAAGCAGUGCCGAAAGGAAAUGUGCAUUCUUAAAGAACUCUGGGAUAUGAUUUCCAUAGUGAUAUCUAGCAUGAAUGAAUGGGAAGCUACAAAAUGGAUGGAUAUCAAUGUUGAAAAUAUGGAGCUGGAAUGCAAAAAGUUUGCCAAAGGCAUCCGGAACUUGGAUAAAGAAAUGAGAGCUUGGGAUGCUUUCUCAGGGUUGGACAACAAGGUGAAAAACAUCCUGACCUCCUUGAGGGCAGUGUCAGAACUGCAAAAUCCUGCCAUCCGGGAGAGGCAUUGGAACCAACUGAUGCAAGCCACAGGCGUGUACUUCACCAUGGAUGCAGACACCACCUUGGCAGACCUGCUCAAACUCAACUUGCAUAGUUUUGAAGAUGAAGUUCGGAGCAUCGUUGACAAAGCCAUGAAAGAAAUGAGCAUGGAGAAAGUUGUGAAAGAACUUAAAACAACCUGGGCUAGCAUGGUGUUUCAAUAUGAGCCUCAUCCACGCACAAAUGUCCCGUUGUUGAAAUCUGAUGAAGAGCUCAUUGAGACACUUGAAGACAACCAAGUGCAGUUACAAAACUUAAUUACAUCCAAAUAUAUUGCUUUUUUCUUAGAGGAAGUGUCUUCCUGGCAGAGGAAGCUGUCUACGGCAGACUCGGUCAUUUCCAUCUGGUUUGAAGUUCAACGGAGCUGGUCUCACUUAGAAAGCAUAUUCAUUGGGUCAGAAGAUAUCCGGGCGCAACUUCCUGAGGAUUCCAAACGUUUUGAGGGAAUUGAUGUUGACUUUAAAGAACUGGCUUAUGAUGCUGAGAAAACCCCAAAUGUAAUAGAGGCAACUAAGAAGCCACAGCUAUAUGAGCAACUAGAAAAUAUUCAAAACAGCACAUCUUGUGGAAACAUUUAUAAAGGUCUUUCCCAGACGGGGGCAUGGGGCUGUUUUGAUGAGUUUAACAGGAUCUCUGUUGAGGUUCUCUCAGUUGUGGCUGUACAGGUGAAAAGCAUACAGGAUGCUAUAAGAGACAAAAAACAGAACUUUAAUUUCCUUGGAGAAGACAUUAAAUUAGUUCCUUCGGUCGGUAUAUUCAUAACUAUGAAUCCAGGCUAUGCAGGACGUACAGAACUGCCAGAGAAUUUGAAGGCUCUCUUUAGACCUUGUGCAAUGGUUGUACCAGAUUUUGAGCUGAUCUGUGAAAUUAUGCUGGUGGCUGAAGGAUUUAUCGAAGCCCGGUUAUUAGCUAGGAAGUUCAUUACCCUUUAUCAGUUAUGCAAGGAACUUCUUUCCAAGCAGGAUCAUUAUGACUGGGGAUUACGUGCAAUCAAAUCAGUCUUGGUUGUAGCCGGGUCCCUCAAGAGAGGAGACCCUGAUCGUCCUGAAGAUCAGGUUCUGAUGCGCUCCCUUCGGGACUUUAACAUUCCAAAGAUUGUGACAGAUGACAUGCCAGUCUUCAUGGGUCUGAUUGGAGACCUGUUUCCUGCUUUGGAUGUCCCAAGAAAACGAGACCUCAAUUUUGAAUCCUUUGUAAAACAAGCUGUGCUGGAACUCAAACUUCAACCGGAGGACAACUUUGUACUCAAAGUAGUACAGCUUGAAGAGCUCCUUGCUGUUCGACACUCCGUCUUUGUAGUGGGCAACGCAGGCACAGGCAAGUCACAAGUGCUGAAAUCUCUGAACAAAACUUAUCAUAUCACGAAGCGGCGACCUGUUUGGACAGACCUCAAUCCAAAAGCAGUGACGAACGAUGAACUCUUUGGCAUCAUAAAUCCAUCUACAAGAGAAUGGAAAGAUGGAUUGUUCUCAUCGAUUAUGCGAGAUUUAGCCAACAUUACCCAUGAUGGUCCCAAAUGGAUUGUGUUGGAUGGUGAUAUUGAUCCAAUGUGGAUUGAAUCUCUCAAUACUGUCAUGGAUGACAAUAAGGUAUUAACACUAGCAAGCAAUGAACGGAUCCCGCUCAACCCCACCAUGAGGCUUCUGUUUGAGAUCAGUCACCUGCGGACUGCCACUCCAGCCACUGUGUCCAGAGCAGGGAUCCUUUAUAUCAACCCAGCUGAUCUAGGCUGGAAUCCUCCAGUAAGUAGCUGGAUCGACAGAAGAGAAACUCAGUCAGAACGAGCUAACCUGACCAUUUUGUUUGACAAGUAUUUGCCAGUUUGUCUGGAUACACUUCGAACCAGAUUUAAGAAGAUUAUUCCCAUUCCUGAACAGAACAUGGUUCAGAUGUUGUGUUAUCUUCUCGAAUGCCUCCUCACCAAGGAGAAUACCCCUCCAGAUUGCCCUAAAGAUCUCUAUGAACUUUAUUUUGUCUUUGCUGCUGUUUGGGCCUUUGGUGGUGCUCUGUUCCAAGACCAGCUUAUAGACUACAGAGUUGAAUUCAGUAAAUGGUGGAUGACUGAAUUCAAGACCAUCAAGUUUCCUUCCCAAGGAACAGUUUUUGACUUUUAUAUUGAUUCAGAAACAAAAAAAAUUGAACCUUGGUCCAAAAUGAUUCCCAAAUUUGAAUUUGACCGAGAAAUACCAUUACAGGCCUGUCUGGUUCAUACCAAUGAAACCAUCCGGCUGCGCUAUUUCAUGGACCAUCUCUUGGAGACACACAGGCCUGUCAUGCUGGUGGGAAAUGCAGGCACGGGAAAGUCUGUGAUUGUCGGAGAUAAGCUGUCUUUCCUGGAUUCCGAGCAGUACCUGGUGAAGAAUGUUCCUUUCAAUUACUAUACCACCUCUGCCAUGUUGCAAGCUGUUCUUGAGAAGCCACUGGAAAAAAAGGCUGGAAGGAAUUAUGGUCCUCCUGGAACAAAGAAACUCAUCUACUUCAUUGAUGAUAUGAAUAUGCCUGAAGUUGACACUUAUGGAACAGUCCAGCCUCAUACACUGAUGCGGCAACAUCUGGACUAUGGGCAUUGGUAUGACAGAAACAAGCUGUCCCUGAAGGAAAUCACGAAUGUGCAGUACGUGUCAUGCAUGAAUCCCACUGCAGGCAGCUUUACUAUCAACCCACGUUUGCAGCGCCACUUCUGUGUGUUUGCCCUCUCAUUUCCUGGGGCAGAUGCUCUUUCCACCAUUUACAGUACUAUCCUAACUCAGCAUCUAAAAUGGGGGAACUUCUCCGCAGCCUUACAGAAGUCAUCCCAGCAGUUAAUACAUCUGGCUCUUGCUCUGCACCUGAAAAUAGCAGCCACAUUCCUCCCAACAGCGAUUAAAUUUCACUACAACUUCAAUCUUAGGGAUUUCUCCAACGUCUUCCAAGGUAUUCUGUUUUCAACUCCUGAAUGUUUGAAGACUCCUCAGGAUUUGGUAAAGCUAUAUUUACAUGAAUCCAAUCGUGUUUACCGUGACAAGAUGGUUGAUGACAAGGAUUUAAUUGUUUUCGAUAAACUGCAAGCAGAGGCAGUGAAGAAGUUCUAUGAUGACAUAGAGGAAACUUUGGAACAAACCAAGAAGAUGAAUAUCUACUGUCAUUUUGCAAAAGGGGUAGGAGAACCCAAAUAUAUGCCUGUCCAGAAUUGGGAAUCAUUGAGCCAGAUUCUUGUGGAAGCUUUGGAGAACCACAAUGAAGUUAAUGCUGCCAUGAACCUGGUGCUGUUUGAAGAUGCCAUGUGCCACAUUUGCCGAAUCAACCGUAUCCUGGAAUCUCCCAGAGGGAAUGCUCUGCUAGUGGGUGUUGGUGGAAGUGGCAAGCAGAGCCUGACAAGAUUGGCAGCUUUCAUUAGCUCUCUGGAGAUUUUCCAAAUCACCUUGAGGAAAGGCUAUGGGAUUCCUGAUCUGAAGGCUGACUUAGCAGCACAAUGUAUCACGGCAGGAAUGAAGAAUGUGGGCACUGUCUUUCUUCUGACUGAUACUCAGCUGGCUGAUGAGAGAUUCUUAGUUCUGGUUAAUGACUUGCUAGCUUCAGGAGAAAUUCCUGAUCUUUUUCCUGAUGAAGAAAUAGAAAAUAUCAUAAGUAAUAUGAGGAAUGAAGUAAAAACUCAUGGUCUGAUGGACACGAGGGAGGCCUGCUGGAAAUUCUUUAUUGAUCGGGUUAGACGACAACUCAAGGUGGCACUUUGCUUUUCUCCAGUGGGGAACAAACUGAGAGUUCGCAGCCGGAAGUUCCCAGCCAUUGUGAACUGUACAGUGAUCGACUGGUUCCAUGAGUGGCCUCAGGAAGCUCUGGAAUCAGUCAGCCUGCGCUUCUUGCAAGGGACAGAAGGUAUUGAGCCUCCUGUGAAAGAAUCUAUCAGCAAGUUCAUGGCUUAUGUUCAUACCAGUGUUAAUGAGAUGUCUUAUUCUUACCUGACUAAUGAACGUCGUUAUAAUUACACCACCCCCAAGUCGUUCUUGGAGCAAAUCAAACUGUAUCAGAAUUUGCUGCUUAAAAAGAGAAAAGAACUAACAGCAAAGAUGGAGCGACUAGAAAAUGGUCUACAGAAGCUCAGCAGCACAUCAGCACAGGUAGAUGAUUUGAAGGCCAAACUGGCAGCUCAGGAGGUGGAGCUGAAGCAAAAGAAUGAAGAUGCCGACCAGCUGAUUCAGGUGGUGGGCACUGAGACCGAGAAAGUCAGUAAGGAGAAGGCCAUUGCUGAUGAGGAGGAGCAGAAGGUGGCCUUGAUUACUGAGGAGGUGCAGCAGAAACAGAAGGACUGUGAGAAAGAUUUGGCACAAGCUGAACCUGCCCUUGCUGCUGCCCAGCAAGCCCUGAACACGUUGAAUAAGACCAAUCUGACAGAACUGAAGUCAUUUGGAUCGCCACCAUCUGCUGUCAGCAAUGUUACUGCUGCCGUGAUGGUACUCAUGGGUUCGGGUGGUAAGGUCCCCAAGGACAGGAGCUGGAAAGCAGCAAAGGUGGCCAUGGCCAAGGUUGAUGGGUUCCUAGACUCCUUGAUUCACUUCAACAAAGAGAAUAUACAUGAAAACAGCCUCCGAGCCUUGCAACCUUAUCUUCAGGAUACAACUUUCAACCCAGAACUGGUGGCAUCCAAGUCCUAUGCAGCUGCUGGGCUCUGCUCCUGGGUCAUCAACAUCGUGCGCUUUUACAAUGUAUACUGUGAUGUCGAGCCCAAGCGUCAGGCUCUCAACAAAGCCAAUGCGGAGCUUGCUAAUGCCCAGGAAAAGCUGGCUAACAUCAAGGCCAAAAUUGCACACCUUAAUGAAAAUCUGGCAAGGUUGACAGCCAAAUUUGAGAAGGCCACGGUGGAGAAGCUGAAAUGUCAGCAAGAUGCAGAAGCCACUGAACAUACCAUCUCCCUUGCAAAUCGCCUGGUUGGGGGCCUGGCCUCUGAAAAUGUGAGAUGGGCUGAUUCAGUAAGAGAUUUCAAACUGCAAGAAAAUGCAUUGUGUGGUGAUGUCUUGUUGAUUACUGCCUUUGUCUCCUACUUGGGUUAUUUCAGCAAGAAAUAUAGACAAGACCUGAUGGACCAUGCAUGGAAACCAUACUUAAAGCAACUAAAAGUUGCAAUUCCUGUCACUCCCUCUUUGGACCCUCUGAAGAUGCUCACUGAUGAUGCUGACAUAGCAGCUUGGCAAAAUGAAGGUCUACCAGCUGAUCGCAUGUCUGUUGAAAAUGCUACCAUUCUCACCAACUGUGAGCGAUGGCCACUCAUGGUUGACCCCCAGCUGCAGGGCAUCAAGUGGAUAAAAACCAAGUAUGGAGAAGACCUCAGAGUGACUCGGAUUGGCCAGAAGGGGUAUCUGGACAUUGUGGAACAAGCUCUUGCUGCUGGAGAAGUUGUUCUGAUUGAGAAUUUGGAAGAAUCCGUUGAUCCAGUGUUAGGUCCAUUGCUGGGUCGAGAGACAAUAAAAAAAGGAAGGUUCAUUAAAAUUGGAGAUAAAGAAUGUGAGUACAACCCCAGCUUCCGACUGAUCCUUCAUACAAAACUAGCCAAUCCCCAUUACCAGCCAGAAAUGCAAGCACAGUGCACCCUCAUCAACUUUACUGUGACUCGGGAUGGCCUAGAAGACCAGCUGCUGGCAGCAGUUGUGAGCAUGGAGAGGCCUGACCUGGAAGAAUUAAAGUCUGAUCUCACAAAGCAGCAGAAUGGUUACAAAAUUACCUUGAAAACUUUGGAGGACAACUUGCUGUCCCGUCUCUCGUCUGCCUCAGGGAACUUUUUAGCAGAUACUGCCUUGGUGGAGAAUUUGGAAGUCACUAAACAAACAGCUGCGGAAAUUGAAGAUAAGGUCCAGGAGUCCAAGAUAACAGAAACCAAGAUUAAUGAGGCAAGGGAACAUUACCGUCCGGCAGCAGCUCGUGCUUCCCUGCUGUAUUUCAUCAUGAAUGACCUCAACACCAUCAAUCCCAUGUACCAAUUUUCCCUAAAGGCAUUUAAUGUGGUCUUCCAGAAAGCUGUCUCAAGAGCUCCACCAGAUGAAAUCCUGAAAGAGCGAGUAAACAACCUGAUUGAUAGUAUCACAUUCUCAGUGUUUCAAUAUACAACUCGUGGACUCUUUGAAUGUGACAAACUGACUUACAUAGCCCAAGUCACUUUCCAGAUACUUCUGAAGAACAAAGAAAUCAGUGCAAUGGAACUUAACUUCCUGCUGCGAUAUCCUGCCCAAACAGGAGUCACCAGUCCUGUAGAAUUUUUGACAAAUCAUUCAUGGGGUGGCAUCAAGGCCUUGUCAGCCAUGGAACAAUUUCGGAACCUGGAUCGUGACAUUGAAGGGUCUGCCAAGCGCUGGAAGAAGUUUGUGGAGUCUGAAUGCCCUGAAAAGGAGAAGUUCCCUCAGGAGUGGAAGAAUAAGUCAGCUUUACAGCAUCUGUGUAUGAUGAGAGCACUACGACCUGACCGUAUGACUUAUGCUGUCCGGGAUUUUGUGGAAGAAAAGCUUGGGAGCAAAUAUGUGGCAGGACGAUCUCUGGAUUUUGCAACAUCAUAUGAAGAGUCAGGACCUGCGACCCCCAUGUUCUUUAUCCUCUCACCUGGAGUGGAUCCUUUGAAAGAUGUAGAGAAACAUGGAAAGAAACUUGGCUACACAUUUAACAACCGGAAUUUCCAUAAUGUCUCACUGGGGCAAGGUCAGGAGAUAGUAGCAGAACAAGCCCUCGACCUGGCAGCAGCAGAAGGACACUGGGUUAUCUUGCAGAACAUUCACCUAGUGGCCAAGUGGUUGAGUUCUCUGGAGAAGAAACUAGAGCAGCACAGCGAAGGUAGCCACCCUGAUUUCCGGACCUUUAUCAGUGCAGAACCUGCAGCUUCUCCCGAAAGCCAUCUGAUACCACAGGGUAUCCUUGAGAAUUCCAUCAAAAUCAUAAAUGAACCUCCAACUGGGAUGCAUGCCAACCUGCACAAGGCUCUGGACAACUUCAGCCAGGACACCCUGGAGAUGUGUACCCGUGAGAAUGAGUUCAAGAGCAUCCUUUUUGCCCUCUGUUAUUUCCAUGCUGUGGUAGCAGAAAGGCGCAAAUUUGGCCCUCAGGGCUGGAAUCGUUCAUACCCAUUUAACAUUGGGGACCUCACAAUUUCUGUCAAUGUUCUAUACAAUUACUUGGAGGCUACUUCUAAGGUUCCCUAUGAUGACCUCCGGUAUCUCUUCGGAGAGAUCAUGUAUGGGGGUCACAUUACAGAUGAUUGGGAUAGGCGUCUCUGUAAAUCCUACUUAGAAGAAUUUAUCAAGCCUGAAAUGCUAGAAGGAGAAUUCUUAUUGGCUUCUGGAUUUCCCCUCCCAGGAAACACGGACUACAGUGGUUAUCAUCAGUAUAUAGAUGAUGCCCUACCUCCUGAAUCUCCAUAUCUAUAUGGCCUCCACCCCAAUGCAGAAAUUGGCUUCUUAACCCAAACAUCAGAGAAGCUUUUCCGUACUGUUUUGGAGCUACAACCUCGAGACACUAAUCUUGGAGAAGGUGUAGGGACCACUCGGGAAGAGAAGGUGAAGGCACUGCUUGAUGACAUCCUGGAGAAAUUAACGGAUGAAUUUAACAUUCCUGAGCUCAUGGCCAAAGCAGAAGAGAGAACACCAUACAUUGUGGUUGCCUUCCAGGAAUGCGAACGCAUGAACUUUCUCACUAGUGAGAUUAAGCGGUCACUGAGAGAGCUAGACCUGGGACUGAAGGGUGAAUUAACCAUGACCAAUGACAUGGAAACUUUACAGAAUGCCAUCUUCUUAGAUAUGGUGCCUGAAUCAUGGACCAGGAGAGCUUAUCCUUCCAUGUCUGGUUUAGGCAGUUGGUUCACCGACCUUCUCAAUCGCAUCAGAGAGCUUGAAACAUGGACAGGAGACUUCGUGCUACCAUCUGUGGUGUGGCUGGCAGGAUUCUUUAACCCACAGUCUUUCUUGACAGCCAUCAUGCAGUCCAUGGCCCGAAAAAACGAGUGGCCUCUGGACAAAAUGACACUGCAAUGUGACGUGACUAAGAGAAACCGUGAAGAGUUCACCAGUCCUCCACGGGAAGGUGCAUAUAUUCAUGGCUUGUUUAUGGAAGGUGCACGCUGGGAUAUGCAGGCUGGAUUAAUUGCUGAUGCCAGACUGAAGGAUUUGACUCCACCCAUGCCGAUUAUUUUCAUCAAAGCCAUCCUUGUUGACAAGCAAGAUACACGCAACGUAUAUCCUUGUCCUGUAUAUAAAACUCGCCAAAGGGGUCCUACCUAUAUUUGGACAUUUAACUUGAAGACUAAAGAGAAACCAUCCAAAUGGAUUUUAGCAGGGGUUGCUCUCCUCCUGCAAGUGUAG